AUGUCCACUAUGUACAAGGGUGAUGCUGUUCAGAUUCUGGGACAACGAAAAGAUCAAGGCUUUCUACAAUCCGUUCUCAUUUCUUCUAGAUGUUACACAAUUGAGAAGUACGGAUGUGGAGUACCAGAUCAUUAUCAAAAGUGGAUCAAUAAUGAAUUCUACAUGGCUGUUGGGACAUCAUCCUCUAUUACACCUCUUCCAGACACUACCAUUAUUCCAAAACAUUGGUUUUCUUUUGUUUCCAAAACACAAAUACCAGAUUACAAAGACCAACAUGCAGAUUUUGUUGACUUCUUCAGCAAGCUUAUCAACUGCACGAAAAACGAUAACGAACCAUACCUGUUGUUGAUACUAAGAAAUGAUUCGAAAGUAAUUUUUCAGUUGUAUUACCGUAAUAUGUUAUUAACAUGUGUCAAACCUAUGAACAUCAGCGGUGAAGACAUUGCAAUAAGUUUAUGGAAGGAAUUCACUAGUGUGUCUUCAAAGUUUGAUCGUGUUGUUAUUGAAAAUUCUCCUGCACUUGUCAUAGUCGCCAUAACCAUCAUAAAGAUCUCUACUUACGCAGAUCCUCUUAUACAAUUGUCGAAAAUACUCGAGAAAAGUCAUUCUGAUCUUUCGGACAAAACUCUUACGAUGAAGGCUUGCAUAAUUGAAUAUAUCUUCUCAGACUCUUGGUACCAUGUCCAAUGUCCAAAAUGCAAAAAUACAACUUUCAAACAAGGGGAAAAUUGGUUUUGUCCAUCAGACGGAAUACUUGAGUCUCCAUGUAACACGUUUAAACUGAAUGCAAUUAUUAAAGAAGAAAGACAUUCCAUGACCAUUGUGCUGUCUGAUAACGCAACACAGGAAUUACUAGGCACAACAACAGAUAACCUCAGAUCAUACAACAACACAGAUGACUGA